UGUCAGUUGCACAUAAUGGCGGAGGUUGUGUUUUUUGUAUGAGUGAUUAAUUCCGGUAAUGUUUUUUCAAAUAUGUUCGGACUCGGACGCGUGGUCGUCUUUUAAUUUGAUUUUAUGUUUCAUUUAUAUGAACUAUUGUGUUUAGUUUUUAAAUAAAAAAGAACUUAUUAUUUAUAAUGGGAGAAAAAUACAUCGUGCUAUUAUUGGACUUAUUGAAUUAGAGUGACAAGACGAUAGGUCGCGUACCGGCAUCGGGGCCGUGAGGGUGGCGGUUCUCUGACUUCAGGAUGGGGGCCCAGCAGGCGAAGGAGCGUGGAACUGCGAGCGGGGCUUCUAUUCGUUCGACUCGAAACAAGCCGCGGGUACCGAAAGACCCCCGCAUGCUUGGUUCGAAUAUAUUCACAGAACAUAGUGAAGCCCUCCUGCAGAGUCGUCCCCUGCCGCACAUCCCAGACCUACCAGAUGGAGAGGCCACUGCGCCGGCUGUACCGCUACCCCUCGAUUCCGCUAACAGAUGGACCUCCAAGGAGAACCUUUUGGCGCACCAUGAAGAAGACGACCCUCAGUUGUUUGUUGCUUUGUACGAUUUUCAGGCGGGUGGGGAAAAUCAACUGAGCCUUAAGAAAGGGGAACAGGUGCGAAUAAUGAGCUAUAACAAGAGCGGCGAGUGGUGCGAGGCGCACACGCUGGCCGGCGGCGUGGGCUGGGUGCCGAGCAACUACGUGACGCCUGUCAACUCGCUGGAGAAGCACUCGUGGUACCACGGCCCGAUAUCACGCAACGCAGCCGAGUACCUGCUGUCCUCGGGGAUCAACGGCAGUUUCCUUGUCAGAGAGUCGGAAUCCAGCCCCGGACAACGGAGCAUUUCCCUGAGAUACGAAGGUCGAGUGUACCACUACAGGAUCAACGAAGACUCAGAUGGAAAGGUGUACGUAACGUCGGAAUCUAAAUUCGGCACGCUAGCCGAACUGGUACACCACCAUUCAGUAUUGGGUGACGGGCUCAUAACCCAGCUGCUUUACCCAGCACCCAAACGUAACAAACCCACGGUGUUCCCACUGGCCCCGCCCGACGAGUGGGAGAUAGACCGGACCGACAUUGUAAUGAAACACAAACUGGGAGGGGGACAGUACGGCGACGUGUAUGAAGCCGCCUGGAUGAGAUGCAAUAUGACUGUUGCUGUGAAAACCCUCAAGGACGACACCAUGGCCCUAAAGGACUUCCUCGAAGAAGCGGCCAUCAUGAAGGAGAUGCGGCACCCGAACCUCGUGCAGUUGCUCGGGGUCUGCACACGCGAGCCGCCAUUCUACAUCAUAACCGAGUUCAUGAGCCGCGGGAAUCUCCUGGAGUACCUCCGCACUGGGAACAGAGACCAUAUUGACGCCGUGGUACUCAUGUACAUGGCCACCCAGAUCGCGUCCGGCAUGAGCUACUUGGAGAGCCGCUCGUUUAUACACAGGGACCUGGCGGCGCGCAACUGUCUCGUCGGCGAGAACCACCUGGUGAAGGUGGCGGACUUUGGGCUCGCGCGGCUGAUGCGCGACGACACGUACACGGCGCACGCCGGCGCCAAGUUCCCGAUCAAGUGGACCGCGCCCGAGGGGCUCGCCUACAACACGUUCAGCACCAAGAGCGACGUCUGGGCGUUCGGUAUACUGCUGUGGGAGAUCGCCACCUACGGGAUGUCGCCCUACCCGGGCGUGGAUCUGGCGGACGUCUAUCACAUGCUGGAGAAGGGCUACCGCAUGGAGUGUCCCCCCGGGUGUCCGGCGGCGGUUUACGAGCUGAUGCGCGGCUGCUGGCAGUGGAACACCUCAGAUCGCCCAACCUUCAGGGAGAUCCAUCACGCUCUGGAGCACAUGUUUCAGGAUAAUUCCAUAACUGAAGAAGUCGAGAAGCAGCUGCAGGAGGGCUGCACGGGCACGCCGCAGAUGUCGCUGAAGAAGGCGGCCAGCGUCGGCGGCGCGGUGGAGCGCGGCGUGCAGAUGCGCCGCCCGACCAACCGGCGCGGCAAGCAGGCGCCGACGCCGCCCAAGCGGACCAGCUUGCUGUCCUCGUGCAGCUCAUUCCGCGAGUCGCAGUAUACCACAGAGGAGCAGGCCGGUCACGACGACGGGCUCGCUUCGCUCAACGGUGGGGGUCGUGUGGGGGGUCGCGAGGCGUCGUCCGAGGGGUCGCUGGCUGAGGCGACGCCGGAUACGGACGAGUCGGCGGGCGCGGUCGGCAUGAGCCUUGGCGCCUCCGAGCAUAGACACCGCUCGAAGCGGCGGCACCACGGACACGCGCCGUCGCACCAGCACCAGCAGGCGCACGACGUGCCUAAGGGCGUGCAAGUCGCGGCGCUGGAAGUGCAAAAUGUGAAGCGCGCCAUUAACCGCUACGGAACGUUGCCCAAGGGUGCUCGCAUCGGCGCGUACUUGGAGUCGCUGCGGCAGAGCGGCGCCGGGCCCGCACCGCCUGUGCCCCGCGACGAAGAGGCCCGCUCCCUCUCCCCCCGCACACAGUCUCACAUGAUCCGCUCCAACUCCUCCGGUGGGGUCACCGCCCCGGCCUCCCCUCGCGCCACCCGCGCUCCACCGCCCCUCCGCUCAUUCAACAGCCCCGCCAAACCCCGACCGCGCCUCGCUGAACUAGAGUUUCCUCCACCUCCUCCUGAUCUCCCACCUCCCCCAGAAGAAAUCCAACCCCCACCACCUCCCCCACCCCCAGAUUGCUGCCGUGACGCCGGCACCGAUAUGGCCGAUCCCCCAGAACAAGAGAAACCGGCCAAACAGAUCAUGAAGGAAAUGCUCGAGUUGAAACUCGUCGCCGAAAUCAAAGAAAGAGCUGACAAAAAGAAUAAGAAACUUAAAGAGUCGCCCCCACAUGAAGUUAUCGAAAUGCACACGUCAUUCGGCGAUCCGGUGACGCGUCUGGUUUCCGAACUGUCGGAAAGCUUGAAUAUGGAAGCCCUGCGUAGAACUGAUAAACGCACCGAGGCAAAACCCAACGAAGCCAAGGAAACGGUUUCGCCCAUUGAUCUCAAAGCGAGUCUCAGGAAGACAUCGUUCAAUAACAACAUUGAUAAAAAAGUCGGACAAGACAUGAAAACAAACACUGAUUUCAAGUCGCAACUGAAGAAAGUUGAGACUAACAAAAUGAACAACAAAGAAUCGGACGAGUCAGGUCGAUCGAUAAUCGACUUUAAAUCGAGAUUGCGAAAAGUUGACAGUGGCACACCGGCCACAAACGGCCAAGUGAAGAAGGUCGAGCACAGCUCCCCAGAAGAUUCUAGAAAGGACGUGUCGAGUAAAAGCGAUGAUUCUGACAAAAAGCGAUCCGAGAGUGGAUCGUUGGAUACAAGUGGCGGAGAUGAGGAUGACAAACGCCGCAGUACCGGCAGCAUAAGCAGUUUGAAGAAGCUCUGGGAGAGCAAGGAAAGUGAUGAGCGCUUGAGUCCAAAAUUGAAGCCAAAGGGCGAGGAAAGUGAGGAUGGAUCACCCGACGAGAGAUCGGCCUUGGGCCGCAGCGGCAGCAUUCAGGCGCGCUGUGAUGAGAAACCGGUAGUUGCUAGCAAGCCGUCGAUUCGUGGCCGCCCUUUGCGGAAAAGCGGCAUCUACGCUACCCCACUGGCCUCCGCAAAUGCUGAGAGCGAAGAAAAUGACGCGCUCGCUGCGCUGCGAGUUUCAUUGGAAUGUUGCACGAAUGAGGUGCGCCGCGGGUGCGGCGGCAGCGGCGGGCGCGGGUCGCUGUGGCGGCUGCAGACGUCGGAGCGGCUGGCGCGGCUGAGCGCGGCGUGCGCGGCGGCGGCGGGCGCGGGCCGGUGCGCGCCGCAGAUGCGCGUGCAGCUGCGCGCCGCCGCCGCGCGGCUCGAGGGCGAGGCGCGCGCGCUCGCCUCGCCCGCGCCGCACCACCACCACCUCGCCGACGGCGUCGAGCAGGCGCUGCGGGACCUCGCCAGCAUCGUGCACAGGUAAACAUUUCAACCGAGUGCUUCUACGGCUUAACGAGGAUACAUCACAUCGCGAAGAAAUCACGCGAACCGAACAAAGAUUAAAAAAAAAAACUGUAUCUAUCAUAAAAAGGAGGUACUAUAACCACUAAUGGUAAUUAUGUAUUUUCGAAAUUGACACUAAAUUGAUCCCGUGAUCGAGGAUGAAUUAUAUAAUGAUACGUCUAAUUAUUGGUUCAUAUGCAUCUUAAGGGAAUAAGAUUUUUAAAUUUAUCUAUUAAUUAUAUAAAUAUCCCCUGGGGGUUCUAAUUAAAUUUAGACAAAUAAUCGUGUAUGAAUACGCAACAUGUUUUUACAUUAUAUGUGUGUAAUAUAUGAAAUUUUUGUCUCAAGUUUAUAUAAUAUAUUGUCAGUAUCUUCAAUGUUUGUAUAGAUCUUAACAGAACACACGGGCAUCGGAUUUUUAAUUAAAGCCACACACAACACGUAUUAUUUUAUUUCACUAAUAAAAUAACGUGGAUACAGCUGUAUUGGCGAAAUUAAAACAUUUUUUUUUUCACUCUACAUACAUCAUACAUCACUAAACGAAUAGGUUAACAGUUCGAUGCUUGUCGAAAAAAUAAUUUAUUAACUAACACAGUAUAUUUAUGCAAACCAAAGAAAGUGGCCGUUCCAUUUCUAUAAUGAUUUUCUAUCCUAUGAUUACCAGCGAAUACUCUUUUAGUUUAUUAUUUUUUUUUAGUGUAAGUCGAUGUAUUUUUUUAUAUUAUUACGUGGUUAGUACAAAAUGGAUUGAUGUCGUAAUGCGCUGACAGUACAAGAUGUAUGUUAUGUACAAGGUAAGGUAAACAUUAUUUAGGGUUCCGAUGACACUUUGAUAUUAUUCCUUUUGUAUGAAGACUGAAAAGAAUUCAGGACGCUCGUUCGGUUUGCUUUACGUAGUACUAUUUGCUACUCUGCGGAUUUAUUUGGGAUUCGCCCAAGCGGGAAUGUGUUGACGUUCCUGAUUAUUAAAUGUAUUUGUAAUUAUUGUGAAUCGUUAUCUUAGGGCUGAUUUUUUCAAAUGGUUGUUGAUAAGCUUGUAGGUAGAUAGGUAUCUGUGUCUUUCAUUUGCUUUGAAUGAUAUGAAACGGUUUUGUCUCUCGCAACUGUUUAUUGAAUAAUCGGUCCUGGAUCUAUCAACAUUUGGAUGGUUAUAUUUUGGAAAGGUGAAUUUGUGUAACCUAUUUAGGCCUAAAAAUUAGUUUUUUCUACACUGUGAACAUAUGACCGCUUCGGUGUAUAUUCUAAUUCCUAUGACUUUUUGAUAAUUGACGUAUUCGCCUUCCUGCUAGCACAAGGCGAAUUGCAUAUUUGUCUAUCGCAGUGCUUGUGCUUUCCAGCAAUACGUCAAUACUAGAUAGUAAGUAUUCGUGUUGAAACAUUAAAGAAUGUAAUAGUUAAACACAUGCCAUCUCACUCGUUCAACAGACAAAUUUAAUUCUUUAGUGGUUUAAGUUAUUCCAAUUACUCUGUGUGAUUUGAUUCCGCGAUUAGUUUUUAAAAUAGCGCAUACAUUUAAGUGGAUGUUAUUUUUUCUGUGCCAAAAAUGGGUCUGGGAGUCGACGACUCGCCCCAAGUCAUUCAUUCGAUUUAUACAUGAUGUAUAGAUAAUUAAUCAAUCCAUUUUCUAGUUAGUGUAUACAUCGUAAGCCAUAUGAUGUUAGUGCAUUUAGAGCCUUAAAUAGUAGAAUUGUAUACAUAUACCCAAGGUAAUUCGUAAUGGCUGCACCGCGUGUUACUUCCUCGACUCGCAUAGUCUUCCCUCGAAGUAUUCCCAAGCGGCUUGUUUCCGCGAACAUUCCUAUCGCUUUUCCUAAACUAUUGCAUCUUAAUCACCAAUCUAGCAUUUAUCCGUAGACACGUCAUUGUAAGUCUUGUAUCUUUGGACCAAUAGUGAUGCAUUCGUUUGCGCGAGUGAAUCGUGAUUGGUCACUCGGUCAGUUGGGUGUGGUGCGCCGGCGAGAGCGGACGCGCGUUAAGACUGACGUCGACGAUCGGCAUCUCGGCCUAUAUGCGUCGAAAUUUUAUAUAAAUUAUACUUACGUGUCACAAUUUAUAUAUUUCUUUUCGGGAGAGGUUUAAUGUACUUUUUAUUCGAUAAGGAAAUGAUGUGACAUUAUUGUUUAAGUUAGCGUACUGUGAUACGGCUUAUAAUCGGUAUAAUUAUGCUCAACAAUUUUUUUUUCAUUUUUUUCUUAUUAUUAUUAUUCUUAUACAUUUAAUCAAAAUUAUAUAAGGUACUUUAUUGAAAUGCUAUAUUACUAUUAGGUGUCAAACCAUUUAUAUUGAAAGUUAUUUAAGAGUAACACUAUAUGCUAGUCUUUAUUAUAUUAUUAUAAAUGUAUUUCAAUGUAAGGAUAAAGUUAAAUACGUAAGGAUUCUGGAUUAGAUUUGCAUACACAACUCUAGCUAUUACUGUAUAAGUCUUUUGUAUUAGCCUCCGAGUAUAUUCUACACUAUACAUGUAACCACAAGACUUGUAGAUAUUGCUUACCAUGUAUAUGCCGUUGGUGCGGUGUUAGCGGAUAUUUAAUCGUUUGCGUGUAUGAUAGCACUCUGAAUCAGUUUAAUAGGACGGCCGGAUCGGCUGAGCUCAAGAUAAUACGAAUUUAACGAGAGGUGUGCGGGGUAAUCCGUGAGGCGUCUCGUCACAUGAAAUAGUAUCGAUGGAUCGACUAUUAUGUAUAUCAGUUUUGAAGUGCAUGCAUUAUACACACUGCAAUAGCAUUUUAUAUCUAGGAAAUUAGGGAUUCGCUAUUGGAAUAUAUGGGUGAAAAACGUCGAUUCAUCAGAGAUUACUAACUAGAUAACUGCACAUGUUGAUGCGUAUGACCAGUGAAAUACACUAUCUGACGAAGAUUUUAAUCAUAAUUGACUAUAAAAUAACCAAUGCUUUAUGAUCCGAUUUAACAGACAUAACCAGUGUUCAGUAAAUAAAUUAUUCAAUUGACAAAUAAAUUUGUUGCCAGAAUUCAUUAAUUGACUAAAUGUAGGUUUCUAAAAAAAUAUCAUUUUAAUACUAGAAACCAAAGAGGGUUGAUAUAGUACAAAAUAAAGAAGAACUAACAAACAUCAUAAAUAAUCAAUUAAUUUUUUACUUUACGUUGUCGGUUUUACCAGUUAUUAUUAACAUAUUAUUACCAAUUCAGUGAUUUUUUGAUUACAUAAAUUUAUUGAAAACAAAAUCAAAUUAUUUGGAUUAGACUUGAUAAAUCGUUACGAGACGCUUUACUCUAGUCACGCACGGAAAGGUGGUAAUUACAAUAUUGUUAAUUAGACUGAGUUCAGAGAUAAUAUUAUACAGCUAUUGUGUAUUCUACGUCUAUUAAUAUCGUAAUGUAACACAGAUAAGUUCAGAUAAAUUUUAUUAAGCUUUGUAAAUCGUCGAUGUUCUUGGUUAUUUUAGAUUCUUAUCGAAUGCGAGGUCUCAAACGAAUCGAAUAAAAUUGAUACUACUGAUACUAGAUGCGAGAUAAUCGUUGAAAUUAUUUUCCAUCGAUUUUACGUUACCAGAUUGGAUUACGCUAUAAUAACUAAACUGUUCUUAGUUAUAUGUAGUGCUCGUUCAACUUACUGCACCUGACGUGUGAUUCUUAAUAGUUUUGAUACUUGACAUGUAACGAUCGAUUAAUCGAAUUCGCAUAUGACAAGAAUCUAAAACGAUCCAUGAAACGGCGACGAUAAAUCCGUUGAUGUAUUCACAUUAUUCGGAAUACAGUCAAAAUGAAGAACCAUCACAAAAUAUGUAAACGUAUUAUUUAAAUUAUAUUUACGUGAAUAUUUAAUAAGAAAAUGUAUUCCGAUGGUUGUUUCCCACCAAACACAACAGAUUCCAUUUUGAUCUCUCUCCCUCUAUGGUUAUAGUUAUAGAAUCCAAAGAUAGUAAUUGAUUACAUGCAAAUGUGAAAUGAUUUGAAAUUGUAAUGGCAAAUAAAAGGAUUUCUUUAUGA